GCCCAACCCUCCCAUUGAUGGAGUCGCCGCGGAUCACCCCACGCGGCCGCCGCGCCGCCUUAAAGCCGGGCCGGGCGCAGGGCGCAGCUUCGUUCCUUCGCCGGCUGCGCGCCAUCGGCUCCGCGCCCCACUGUCUGCGCGCCCCACAGCCCCGCGGGGGGCGCCCCUGGGCUGGCCGGGCGCCGGCUGGGGACCAUGUGGCGGAUCCUCUGGGCGCUGCUCUCUCUCGCUGAGCCGGGGGCCGGCGGCUCCUUCAGCAGGAGCGACACCUUCUGCUACCUGGAGGCGGCGGGCACCGCGGGCACCAGGUACCUGAGCUUCCUCAGCCAGCGCUCCGGCGCCCUGGCCCUGGUCCAGAGCGCCUGGGGCGGGGAUGGGCACCUGCUGGCCUGCUCUAUCCAGGAAGAGGCCUGGCUCACGCACCUGUACCAGGAGUCCUGUGCCAAGAGCCCCCAGAGCAGCCUCUUUGCCAGCCCCUGGAGCCCGGCGCGCCAGCAAGCCCUGGACAGCCUGGCCCAACAGACGCACCUCUGCAGCGGGGCUGAGCCCUUGGGGGCUGGCAGGCCCCGUGUGAGGAGAGCGCCCGUGGGCAAGUGGGCAGGACUGGCCCUGGAGGAGCGUGGGCGCAGGAGGACCCGGCGGGGCUGGACGAUGCCAGGGACGCUGUGGUGUGGAGCUGGGGACUCUGCGGGGAACCUCAACGAGCUAGGAAUCUUCCAGGGCCCAGACUUGUGCUGCCGGGAACACGACCAAUGCUCAGAGCAACUCUCUGCCCUGGAGUACAACUACGGCAUCCGCAACUACCGCCUGCACACCGUCUCGCACUGCGACUGCGACACCAGGUUCAAGCAGUGCCUGCUGGAGCAGAACGACACCAUCUCCAACGUCGUCGGCAUCACCUUCUUCAACCUGCUGGAGGUCCCAUGCUUCGUGCUGGAGCAGAGCGAAGCAUGCGUGGACUGGCACUGGUGGGGAGGGUGUAAGCACUACGGUCUCGUAGCCCUGGCCCGGAUGGUGCAGCAAAGCCAGUACCACUACGGCCUGCCCCCGGGGGAGACGGCCAGCCCUGCCACGCGCCCCCCGGGCAAGGGCAAGAAGCACGCCAGGCGGGGCAGGAAGCACCAGAGGAAGAACUGGAAGACGCCUAGGCAGGACGCUGGGGCCCAGGGGUCCCAGAGCCCCAGAGAAGAUCAAAGACCUGUCACGCCCCCCCUGCCCAGGGGCCUGGGCACACUGCCCCCUGCCCCUGCUGAGGAUGGAGCCACCACUCCACACAGGCAUGUCCCAGACCUGGGGGGGCAGGAGCCACCACCCCUUACGAGGGCCUCCGAGCAGGGCCCCACGCCGGGGACUGAGCGCCCACCCCCUGGUGGGGCUGGAAUGGAGGGGGUAGGGCAGCCCCAGGACAGGGACUCAGCGCGCCCUGCCCAAAGGACUAACUCGCCGCCCACCCCAGCCUCGGAGCCACGCCGCACUCCCACGCCGCACCCGCCCGAGCUGAGCCGCCAGGCCCCAGCAAGGAGCUGCGGAUGCUACCGGCACCUUGACCAGUGUGAGCACAAGAUUGCGCCCCAUGAGGUCAAGUACCAGCUGCGCAACCCGGACUCCCGCACCCUGUUCCACUGCAACUGCACCCGCAGGCUGGCGCGGUUCCUGCGCAGGACGAAGGGUCCCAAUGAGGUGCUGUCCGACUUCAUCUCCACGGCCUGCUUCGUGCUGGAGCCGCCCAGGGGCUGCGCCGACGGGGAGCAGCAGCCCAACUGCAUCGGGUUGGGCCGGGCCGUCCUGACGCCUGCGCAGCACCUGAAGAACACGCUGGGGCGGUGGCAGGCGCGGCCCGCAGCUUCCGUCAAGGUCAAGCGGCAGGAGUGGGAGGCGCAGGGCAGCCCCCCCAGACUCUACGACAAGUGUCUCCAGCUGGCCAGGGCAGCCCGGAGGUCAGACCAUCACCCAGCACCCCACUGAGGCCAGGGCACAGCCUGGACGUGGGACCACGGAGCCAGCCUGUCUGCAGGGGGAACGUGGCGCUGACACUGUGGCCAGCCCUGCCCCUGCUCACCUCCGGCAGGGCUGGGAGACUGACAGUGCCACUGGGCAGCCUGUAGCCUCCAGCAUGGGCACUGCAGGGAGACAGGACCCUCCCAGCCUGGUCUGGGACAGGGGCUUGGUUGUCCCCUCCCUCUCCUUCACCUGCUGGUGCCGCUGCCCCCUGCCACACACUCCUGAGGGUGGGCUGGGCAGGGCCCUGGCCCGGGCAGGAGCUGUGGUGCACGUGUGGGGCCAGGCUAAGGCGUUGCCUCCCCUCCACAUUCCCUCCCCCGGGAGCACCCUGCCUGGGGGAGGGGCUCUGUCCUGCCCCAUGGGCACCCCCCAGGGCUGGGCCCCAGCUGGGUCCCUUGAACACGGGCCCUAGGGGAGAAGCUCCAGGCCAGGAGGCCACUUCCUGAAGCUCUGCCAUGGGGGGCAGCAGUGGCCCCUCUUCAGGACUGCAGCCCGGGGGGCUGAGACAGGGGAAACCAGCCCCACCCUGUGGGGAAUCCCAUGCUGGGGGGAGGGGCCGCUGCCACUAGCAGUGCCCCCACCUGAGCGGGGCAGGAGGGCUCAGCUGUACCUCCUCUAGGCUGGGGGGAGAAGGGGGGUGAGUCAAGACUGUGGGGUGCUGUUCCCAGCCUUGCUGUGUGAGCCUGUUACUGCCAGGGGUUGGGGGCAGAACUGGCCCAUGACAGCUGUAGGGACAACUUUUCUACAGAGCCUAUUUCUUUACAUCUUUUCCCCCUAAUGCUGCAGCCCUCCCCCUAGCGCUGCCCCUCUGGGGGCCGGGUAUGGGGCAAAGGGGGCCGUUCCGGCUGGGCCUGAAGCAGGCAUGGAGCUGUGGGCCAGGGCCAGGGGCCAUUGCUCUGUAAAUAA